AUGUUUGAACUGCGUGGGAAAUAUUUGCAUUGGGCCGUGACAGCGGCGAGCUGCCAGGCCUUCCUCCUGCUUGGUUAUGACCAGGGCGUCAUGAGUGGACUGAUUGGGGCCAACAAUCAGUUUGGACAACAAUUUGGCCACCCCGACGCUAAUAUGCAGGGAAUAUUGACCUCGAUCUAUGAUAUUGGUUGUGCCGUCGGAUGUCUCCUGAGUUUUGUCGUUGGUCAUAAGCUCGGUCGGAAAAAGAUGAUUCUGGCGGGAGGCACCAUCAUGGUCAUUGGUACCAUCAUUCUCGGGUCUUCCUACACUCGAGCACAGUUUUUGGUUGGCCGAGUCGUCACAGGCUUUGGCAAUGGCAUCAACAGCAGUACGGUUCCGACAUACCAGAGUGAGAUGGCCCGACCUGAGCGCCGUGGUAGACUUCUAUCAGCUCAGGGAACCGUUACAAUCAUGGGAUUGUGUAUCGCAUACUGGCUCGACUACGGCCUCAGCUUCGUCGACUCCCCCGUUCAAUGGCGUUUCCCAAUCAGCUUCCAAGCAUUCUUCGCCAUCUGUCUAGUCCUACAAAUGAUCAUGCUUCCUGAUACACCUCGCUGGCUCUGCGAACAAGAUCGCAGCGACGAAGCCGGUCGCAUUAUCGCUCAUCUGCAGCUUGAGCAACCUGCCGACGAAUCGACUCCUGAGGUGAUCCAGCUUCGUCGGCAGAUUGAGUCGGCUAUAGAGAUUGAGUCCGCGGGUGGUCCUUUCCAAUACAAGGAACUUCUGGCUGGUGGAAAGGUUCAGAAUCUGCGUCGCAUGAUCCUGGCUGGUCUGGUCAAUGUCCAGCAACAAUUCACAGGUUCAAACAUGAUCAAUUACUAUGCGCCCACGGUCUUUGAGAAUGCAAUGGGUCUCUCUCGAAAUUUGGCAUUGAUUCUUGGUGGCUGCACUUCGCUUGCAUAUUUGGUCGGUUCGAUCAUUCCUCUAUGGAGUAUGGAUGUACUCGGUCGACGCUCGUCCCUUAUGAUCUCCGCCGCUGGUCUUUGUGUCUGUUUUGUGUUGGUCGCUGGUCUUCUCUCCGUCGGUAGCACCGAUUGUGCUUAUGCUGCAACUGUCUUCGUUUUCAUCUUCCAAAUCUUCUUGGGCAUUGGAUAUCUGCCUGUGCCAUGGUUCUAUCCUAGCGAGAUUACCACCACGCGCAUCCGUGCUCGAGGCCAGGCAUUUGCAGGUUUCGUAAACUGGAUCUGUGUUUUCAUCGUUGUCCAAGUCACACCGACCGCUAUUGACAAUAUUUCAUGGAGAACAUUCAUCAUCUUCGCCUGCUUCUGCUUCGCAUGGAUCCCUAUGGUUUACUUCUUCUUCCCUGAAACCAAGGGACUCGAGCUCGAAGAUGUAGACCAUCUGUUUGAAAAGGGUGGUCUUACAGGAGGCGUUUUCGAGUCUCGUGGUCGGCCCAUUGAGCCUGGAUACCACCGCACCAUUAAUACGGAGAGGAUUGAAAAGCCCAUUGAUGAGAGACAUGAGCACGUUGGCGUGUAG